CUUGGGAAGACCGCGCCAAAGCACAGACAGCGGCCACUCUUCUGGAUAAUAACGCUGCGCUGUGGCUAUUUCCACGCAGUGGACUGUGGACACUGGCGCUGUACACGUCUGUUUUCUUCAUCAAGAGGAUUUAGUUUUGACGGGAGUACUUGCGUCGGCACAUUGAAGCUAGUUUUGAUGCCGGUUUUUGGGAAUCUGUGUGCGACUCAACGGUCGUGACAGGACUUUAACGGGCGCGGUGCGGCGGAGUUGGUGCACUGCUGGAGCGAGAACACACCGCACCGACAUUUACACUGCGCCGGAUUUCACCUCACCGCUUUACUGUGCUGCUUUUACCCACUUUUUUGUGAACGGGACUCGUUUAUACCGGCUUGUCAGCUCGAAUAUGUUGCUGUCAAAGUUUGGUUCAUUUUCGCAUAUUUGCAACCCCUCCAAUAUGGACCUACCAGUGAAGAUCCAGCUUCAGUCGGUUAAAGUGGAGAAGGAGCCUUUUGAAAAGGUUUACCAAGUGGGCUCGGUGCUGGGCAGCGGAGGAUUUGGUACAGUUUACGCCGGCAGCCGGAUCACCGAUGGCACACCGGUUGCUGUCAAACAUGUCGCAAAGGAGAGGGUGACCGAGUGGGGCACGAUUAACGGAGCCAUGGUGCCGCUGGAGAUCCUGCUGCUGAAGAAGGUCAGCUCGUCUUUUCGUGGAGUUAUCAAACUGCUGGACUAUUACGAGCGAGCGGACGGAUGGCUCAUCGUCAUGGAGAGGCCGGAGCUGGUCAAGGACCUGUUCGACUUCAUCACCGAGAAGGGCGCCCUGGACGAGGACACGGCCCGGGGCUUUUUCCGCCAGGUUCUGGAGGCGGUCAGACACUGCUACAGCUGCGGUGUGGUACACAGAGACAUCAAAGAUGAGAACCUGCUGGUGGAUCUACGCAACGGGGAGCUCAAGCUUAUUGAUUUUGGCUCAGGGGCGAUUCUCAAGGACACUGUCUACACUGAUUUUGAUGGUACAAGAGUCUAUAGCCCACCAGAGUGGAUCCGCUUUCACAGAUACCACGGUAGAUCGGCGACGGUGUGGUCGCUAGGCGUGCUUCUGUACGACAUGGUGUGUGGAGACAUUCCCUUUGAGCAGGAUGAAGAGAUCCUCAGAGGGAGGCUGUAUUUCAGGAGAAGGAUCUCAGCUGAGUGCCAGCAACUGAUCAAAUGGUGCCUGGCCCUGCGGCCCUCGGACCGGCCCACCCUUGAGCAGAUCUGCGAUCACCCCUGGAUGAGGGUCACAGCAGAGUCGCCCAGUACGGCUGAGGAGCCCUCAGCUGGCGACAUCCGGCUCAGAACCAUCGACACAGACUCUUCGUCAAGCACAAGCUCGAGCAAGGAGAGCCUCUGAGUGUGGCUUUGAUGGACUGAAAAGACUUUGAGGAAAGAAGGGUGGAAGAGACUCACACGGACUCAAGUUCAGCAGUGGGGCUUGAGCCAUCUGGCUCAGUAACAUUAAAAAAUGGAAAACAGAAGAGUACAUUAAUUUUCCUUUUUUGUAGGGAAUUUCUAAUUUAUUACUGUUCUUUAUCUUAUUCCCCCCAUCCCCCUUUUUUCAUUUCAAGUGAUGAUACUUGUUUCCAAUUGGGGAACAUUUUUUUGCUGUUUGGGUGGUCUUACCAGCACUAUUUAUUUACCCCCACCCCCUUUAUUUUUACUUUUGUUACCAGGCUGGUAAACACAGCUGGCAAGGCCCUCUGAUUCAGACAUGGCUGCUCUCAUAGAGCUUAGAGAAAAGUUUUCAUUUCAUUUUUUUGAUUUUGGAGUGCCUUUUUUGGGAAGCUGCUUUUUUCUGGGGGCUUUCAUCAACAACUCUAAUGUUUGGAGAUUGCCCACCGUAAGGUGGUAAAGUUGUCUGUGGUGUGAGAGAGGGGGGCUGUCAUCUCCCCCUCUCUUCACCCCCCAGCCAAGAGGCAAAGUUGAUGCAGGAGAAGAAAGUGGUGUCUCUUAUUUACAAUUAAAUACUUGAAACGCUCAACUCGCUGUGUUUUUCCUCUUUAACGCUGCUUAUUCACUCUAAAGCCUGAACAGGUGUCUGGAAGCUGAAUCCUGUCGUUUCUGAAUGUCUACUAAAAGUCAACACCCCCUCCCACCACCACCUUCUUCUCCCUCAUGCCCGUUGCAGAGGGUUCGACCUCCUAUCUCCUUUUUGCCUCCCACCUUCUCACCGCUUGACACCACGUGGCCCUCCUCACCCCUGGCCUCCCCCUCAAGGUUUUGGGUGUAGAUGCACAAUCAAUGCAAUAUUCAUAGAUUCUGUUUUUUUUUUCUACAGAUAUUGUACAGUGUGUGUUAUAUAUUUUUUUUUUGUGUGUACAUUUUUCCCUCCUUUGCAUUUAAUUUAUUCAUAAACAUGUAGACAUUCCACACUGUGGCUAUUUAUUUAUUUAUUGUCUUUGCUUAAAUUCUCCCUAACAAGUUUGCAUACCCCACUUUUGGCCUUUUGGUUUGCAUUCCUGUAAUUUAUUUUUACAUUUCAUAAAAGGUUUUCUUUCCUGAGAUGUGGAGGAUGCACUGAAGCGGUUGUCAAUGUAAAGCAGAAUAAAGCGUUUACUUAAAUUUAUAAAAAGAGCAUUUGAAUGUUAUUUAAUUACUUUGAGAUUUUAAAAAAGAAGUUCAUUAGUGAAGAAUGAUGACUUAUCAAGAGUAUAAAAUCCGGUCUGUGUUCUGUCAAGAUUCAUUUUAAGUUUUACAGUAAAAUAAACGAUAGGCGGAACAGUUU